CCCGCACUUGCCAGUUUGCGAGCUAGCUAGAAGCAAACAUUUGAACAAUACCUCAGGCAUUCGAAGAAAUGGUGUAUGUUUAUCAUUCUCUGGCGGAUGAGGGCGAUGCCAGCGAUUCGUUGGCGUCCCUGAUUGCGAGGCGUCGUGUAAGCGCCGUGGAAAUUGCCAUCGGUGGCAGCAGAGUCCUGCUAGAUCUCUCCACUCAAUAUGCCGAAGAUCUAGCGGCAGGCACAACACAAUACGUACAUUUGGUUCUGCAUGUAUCAAUGCAAAAUGAGCAGAGAGUUCGUCCUUCCAUUGUUGCUUCCACGCUGGGUCCAUUCCUGAGGGCGAACAAAGCGAGAAGCGAGAACCCUUAUCAUCGCCUGUCCCUUUCGGCUUUCUGUGGAUGAAAGUGACGAGAAUAGCACCGAUUGGUAGUCUUUGAAAGAGGCUCUGAAAGGAGCUACCAGCAUAACGAAGAUCAUUUUCAUGGGAGUUCAUAUGGAUCGCUGGGCACUUUUUAUCUUGUCGCUGCUACCCCGUAUCAGGGCGGUUUCACUUAAUUUCGAUGACAUUCCGCAGGAACGGCGACAAGAGGCAGCUACCAACCUGACGAAUGCCAUGUCAUAUCUGAACACAACACGAGAGUUGAGCAUGACGCUGCAUCAAGCGACUGCGCGAGAUACAUUGGAUGUGUUUCUCAAAGCGGUCCGUUUACCCCCUUCCAUCCGCGAGGUCCACGUUCCUUGUGGCGUGGGAUUGUCCGAGACCAAUCUCGAGAACCUUUCCACUUUGUUGAACGACAACCCCAUCCGAAACCUGAGCAUCAGUGUCCAAACAAAGAUUUGUCUGCGUCCACUAACAGAAGCACUCAAAACGAAUACAUCUUUGACUUAUCUCUGCGUCAGCAGCGGUGAGAGUGGCAGGGAUCCGCUGCUUCCAGGAUAUGCAGUCAAACCAUUCCUUGAACUUUUGGAGGAGGACCACCAUACCUUGAGCCACCUAACUCGGUACUGCGUUGAUAUGGCGGACAAGGAUACAACGCAGAGGAAGCUGGACAAAAUCAAGUUCCUGACAGUCCUCAAUUGCUACAACAGAAGGGCGCCCCUGUUUGGUCCAGACGCCACGACCAAAGACUGGUUCCGUGUCAUCGCCUCACCACGAGGUUUGCGAUCCACUAUCUGUCGCGGAAUCCAACGUUGAUACUGGGGGGCUCUAUCGCGCCGCUCGACAAUAAGGCAACUUGAGAAAUGUGUCGUGGUUUCAAGCCGGUGUCCAAACGCCAUCUAUAAUGUGGCAAUGACAGUACUCUUACACCUACAUAUUUUAUAAAGCAGCCUCUUCCAG